AGAGCGUAGCAAAUGUCUGAUUGAGCGUACACAAGAGCCCAGUCUUGCGGCAAUCAUUCAUGACUCCUAUAUAGUAAGACCCCUGUGAGUCAUCAAACGCAGGGGACUAUUGUAUAUAUUGUGGGUCGCACGCCUGGAACUCAAUCGCAUGCCGUAUUCGAAGCAUACACGUGCCGGUAUUAUUCGUCGCCCGUAUGUACUGGCUGGGUUGAAGUCAUCACCCUUUCCGGCUGCGGCACAUGUGGCGCAUGCCUUCGACUAGUACAAUUGUCACUGACAAAACCGAAAGACAACAACCUGUCGCUACGUGCUUCUCUAGACAAGAAUGGGACAGGACGUCCCUUCGCAGUCGAACGCAUGUAGGGCACAUGUUCGAUGCUCUAGAACCGGGUUAGCGCUUUUCAUUUGAGCAUUUAUGAAUGCUUCGGCGAGCGGCGACUCUAUAGCCCUCUCCACAU